AGCAGAUUGGCAAUCUUCCAACUCAUCUAUGGUAGCGAUUGCUUCGAGGGAGUAAGUAUGUACACCAGGUUCUCACCCUCGUCUCUUGGUCGUAUAUGUAUAGUUUCAUGUAUAGUACUAGGUAUAGUACGAGAGCGAGGGAGGUGUUGAUUCUGGGUCGGUGAUUUGAUUAUCAUGGCUGCAACGUUAUCUGUACCUCCUGUUACGUUUUGACUUCAAGUACUGCCAAGAAGAGAGUAUUAAGUCGCCUCGAAUUAUGAUGUCGGAACACAGAGUUUCAACAUUUACUGAAACUGGAUUAGACCACACGUCUUGGGAUGUCAAGUUUCAGAUUUCCUGUAAAAGGUAGAAAUCGCUCUAGAGAAUGCCCAGUUUACGCAAACGGGUCGUGGGUUUUAUGCGGCAGCUAUCCAUCAGCAAUUUGGCUGCCGCGGUGGAGAACAUUGGACAGGGGGAACCUUCGACCCCAUGUCCAAAGUCUCCACCACCAGAUUUUCUAGGCAAUUGCUUUAUCACUCAUUACCUCAAUGGGUCGGAAACUAAAAUCGACGGUCCGGUAAUCUUGCAUGGAAGAAAUCCUGAAGAAUUGCCGUCCAAACCUGUGAGAAGUCUCGACGAAGACGACGAAGUAUUCGCGGCGUUUACAGGCCCUGGCCGUGGUCUUACUACGGUCAAUCUCAGACAGAGGCAUUUGAGUAUUAGCGAUCCGGAUGUGGAUUAUAUCGAUAUACUCGAAUCUAACGACCAUCACAAAGCUGUUAAAACCUCGCUGGAUUGUAUAUUUUCUGCGGCUCACGAUCGUUGGCUGGUGGUACGAUCGAACGAUUCUUUAUUAUAUCCCAUCGACAACAGUGCCGUCAAGAUCCGAGCAGCGGGAAAACUGUAUGAGCCCGACUCCAAGUAUUCCCAGGAGAACCUGACGGGCGAUUUUGGAUUCGAUAGUAACCAACACGGCACGGAUCGUUCAAAUCGUCACAACGAUCAAAGAAAUUGCAACCUUUCGUCGGCGAGUCCUGAGAACUCGAACGAAAAUUCCGAGAUCGACGUCAAAGUCGAGCGUAAAUCGAAGAACGUCCAGUUCGAUGCAAGCCCUAGAAUCGAUUGGCCUUUUGGCGCAAAUCAUUUGGAGAACGAGGAACCGAUGGAGUUAAAUCUGCUGAACAUUAUUUACGAUGACAGCUCCAGUGAGAACAAAUUCGAAAAAUCUCUGGAGAACCCUUCCAGCAGUUCCCCCGGAUCGAACGACCAGGGAGAUUUCGGGAACGACAUUAUUCCGCCACCUUCUGAAUUCGCUUCCGAAAUGAAUCCACUGCGAAAGUCGAAAAGCGCUCCUGCUCCCUUUCAAAAGACCGCCAAAGGUAUGCCUUCCGCGGGAGACGUAGCCGGAAUAUCAAAUUGGUUCGACCCUCACGACAUGGCCUACGGCAUCUCGACGACGCUCUACGAGAAGAACCCCACGACGAAUGCGAUCAACGGCGAGCCGAUAGCCGACUGCUUCGGCGUCGCGGCGAGGGCCGACGCCGGAAUUCUCGCUGUAGCGGACGGAGUCAAUUGGGGUCCAAAGGCGAGCAUCGCGGCGCGGUCGGCCGUCCACGGUAGCUUGGAGUACCUGAACAAGGCCCUGUUCUCGGCAGCCCCCGGCAACGGCGCCACGACCACGCGGGACGUCUUCGUGGCGCUCCUUCGGUCCUUCCAUGCGGCCCACUCGCUGAUCCUUCAGGAGCAGGGCAUGCUAACCACCCUGACCGUCUGCGCUGUCCUUCCCCUGGCCGACUCCUCCCCGGACAGAUACGUCGCGUGCACCUGCAACGUGGGCGACAGCCUCGCCUACGUCUACUCGAGGAAAACCGGAGUAAGGGAGAUUACCCGGGGAUCCCACGACAUCCACUGCAUGCGGGACAUGCGCGACGCGCUCGGCGCCCUGGGCCCGGUGGACGGAUGCAAUCCCGAGCUGAACAAUCUGACCCUCGCCAUGACGGAAGUCGAGGAGGGCGACGUCGUCUUUCUCACCACCGACGGGAUCUCCGACAACUUCGACCCGGUGGUGGGAAAAUUCGCGGUGCUACCUGCCGGCGAUGCGAGUGACGUCUCCGCCGGGUCCCAGAGCAGAACCAAGACCCGCAAAGCUGCCGAGAGUUUGCGCCGCUCCAACUCGAGCGGCUGCGGGGGGAGCACCGGAUGCACCGAGUUGCCCGUCGUCGAGGCCUAUCAGAGGCACGAGCUGACUCUCCUGCGCAUGGAGGACCUCCUACGACGAGGAGUCUCCGGCGAGGGUCCUCCCUGCGACAGCGCGAAGAAGCUCUGCGAGCUGCUGCUGGACUUUGCGGUGCGGAUCACUGCCGCGAAGCGGCGGAUUUUGGAGGACACCGACUUGUACUACUGGCGGUACGAGGACGGCGACAUCGUGCAGCUGCCAGUAUUGGAGCAGAGGAGGCGUCGGAAGAAGAUGCUGGAGAAAAUGUCGAUGGUCCCGGGCAAACUGGACCACGCGACCGUGGUCGCGUACGUGGUGGGAUCGACCGCCUCCUCGAAGGGCAAGGUGUAGCCCUCUCGUUCGAAGUUCGUACGUUUUUACGGUGUCGACCAUUCCUUGAUUCUUUGUUGCGUCGCAACGGAUCGAUUGAUGUAUUCCUGCGAUAAUCGUGUACAUAAUCAAAAUGAAUUCGCUACGACGUCGAACGGGAAACGAAAAUGUAGGCGCGAUCUCGCGUACUUUGCCCCUUCUUGUUUCGUCUAAAACGCGAGGCUUGCUCGCCUUGGGUAAACUCGUCGCGAGCCGGAAGACGUUGGAGAGCAAUCGGUUCGAUCGAGAAGGAGAAACGUCGAGGACUCCCUCGAGAAGACCGAACCGAUGCGAUCCGAUCGCGUCAUCCGGCAUAGGAGUAGUAUUCGGUAUGAACUAAAGUAUUUACUUAUACGGCAAAUACGUACUUUAGAGAUGCCGCAUUUUGUCGUCGUCUCGUCGCCACGUAAAAGGCCUCCGAACUACGAGAACGAAGUACGUCAACGGAACAAGGGGCACUUUACUUUCGGGAAAGCUGGCGCGCCUUGAAACGUGGACGUUUCGUGCUCGGAGUGGGAAUCUUUUUUUGUUUUUUUUUUUCUUUAUCUUUUUUCGAAAUGCUUAAAGAACGUGCAAUAUCUUACGAAUUUAUCGGCGUUAGAUUUGUAUCUUUCCAAGCUGCGAAUUGCGUUUCCGUUCCGCGGGCCUCGAUAUUUAUGCCUCGUCGGCCUAACUAUGAAUUACGGUCUAAUGUUAAUCGUUCUUACUAGCAAUGACCGUUCUCGGCGUUCCGACCGAAAGGGGUUUCCUAAUGUCCGUCGAAAUAAAAUAGAACGAAGUCGUUCCCGGUACAUUCCUAUGGAGCAGGAGUAAACUAAGAGCGAAUUCUAAAAUCUAAAAGUAUUAACCAGGAACAGCCAGUCGAGCAGCACCGUUAGAAAGAAUUCUGACAUAAUUGUAAGUGGUACUACGAGAGGAUGCAAGCCCUCUCGAUUCCCUUCUUUUGCGUGGGACAGAAGUCCACUUCCGUAUUAUGUAGAGCUUUUUUCAACAGGGAAGUAAAUAACGCCAAUUACGAAUAUCACAACGUGGCCAAUAUCGCUAGUAAGAGAAGAAAGGCUCUGUCCACGUUACUCGAGGAUAUUUAUUUUGUUUGAGAUAACUUUUUUAUAUGUAUCAUAAUAAAUUUGGAGCAAUA